CGACACCACCCGACACCGUCAGGACCUAUCGACAAAACCACCGCCAAGAUGGUCCGCUACGCUGCCACCCACAUCGAACCCGCCAAGUCGGCGCGCGCUCGCGGCUCCUACCUCCGUGUUUCCUUCAAGAACACCCGCGAGACCGCCCAGGCCAUCAACGGCUGGAAGCUGGAGCGUGCCGUCAAGUACCUCCAGAAUGUCACUGAGAAGGCCGAGGCCGUCCCCAUGAGGCGGUACGCCGGCAGCACUGGUCGCUGCGCUCAGGGCAAGCAGUUCGGUGUCUCCAAGGCCCGCUGGCCCGUCAAGUCCGCCGAGUUCCUCCUCGACCUUCUCAAGAACGCCGAGGCCAACGCCGACACCAAGGGUCUCGACACCUCCAACCUCGUCGUCAAGCACAUCCAGGUCAACCAGGCCCCCAAGCAGCGGAGACGCACUUACCGUGCGCACGGUCGCAUCAACCCCUACAUGUCCAACCCCUGCCACAUCGAGAUGAUCCUCACCGAGGGCGAGGAGGUUGUUCAGAAGUCCCCCGAGACCGUCAACCGCGAGCAGGCUAGGUUGAACUCGAGGCAGCGUGGUGCCCGCGUCCGCCAGGCCAUCACCGCCGCUUAAGCGAUGAGCAUUGAAGCGGUUGGGUGAGCGUCGGUUCGGGGACGGAAAAAUGGGCUUAGUGUUGGGACCUUUCCCGGUGUUUCAAAGGGGCUUGCUUCGAGGUCGGAUGGAUGCGUGGCGACAACUGCGUACUUUUUCCUCAAUACAGGUCUCUACGAUAUCAUGUUGCCAAA